AUGUGUCCCAAACUAGUGUCGGCGGACUUUAAUGACUUUCCGGAUGCAUUCAAUGAGCAGAUCAUUGUAAACGACAUUAUGGCAGACGCAUACAGUACGGGCGCAACUGUGCAAGCUUAUUUACAGGCAGCUAUGCAACAGGACCGAGCUAAGGGUCUGACCGUUGUGGCGCAAUUCUACCAAGAUUCAAUCCAGGCUUUCAAACCAAUUAUGCCAUGGUUAUUUGCCGAGUUAGAUAAAGUUACCCCAUUCGCGCUGAAACACACAUUGACUACCAUAUGGGUCGCGCAGUUCUAUGAUUUUGAAUACAUGUGCGAACGGUUGACUGAACUCCGGGCCGUUAAGCCUUUGGCGUUGGCCGGCAAUGAGUUAACUCUUAUCAAUCGUUUGACAGCACUGGAGAGCCGUGUGUUGGCCGCUGUCGAGAGUUCUAAGGGUAGAGGACUUGAGCCCAACCAUCCCAUUUAUGUCGCGUAUUUGGAUAAGAUCAAGAGUUUUUUAAGCGCUGAGUUCCCCAAAUUGAAUCAAGCAAUCGGUAAUUUACCCUCAGCUGCACUCAGACAGCAAAAUCUUCAACAAUUGGUUAUUGAUUUGACACAUUUAGCUGAAAUGCCCUUUCCACUUUAAAUAUUUUUAAUGUUAUAUUAUAAAGUCUUAAUUAGUCAAUGUAUUUAAAAAUAAUAUGUCAAUAAUGUUAAAAUAAAUAUUUAG